UCAGUAAUUGCAGAUUCUUCUUCCCAACGUUGUGGUAUUUGUGGAGCGUCACCCAAAUUAAUGAAUGAUUUGGAAGCAGUUGCAAAAUUAAAGCCGAAUAAAAGUUUAUACGAGUAUGGUAUGUCAUCAUUACAUGCUUGGAUAAGAUGCUUUGAGUGCAUAAUUCAUAUUGCAUACAAGCUAGGUAUUAAAAAGUGGCAAACUAGGGGAGAGGCGGAUAAAGAUUUGAAAGAGGCAAGGAAGAAAACUAUCAUUGAUCGUCUAAGAAAUGAAAUGGGUUUACUGGUUGAUAUUCCUAAAUCGGGAUAUGGGACAACGAAUGACGGAAACACAGCUAGACGAUUUUUCCAGCAACCAACUCUAGCUUCAGAAAUAACUGGCGUUGAUGAAGAUUUAAUAAAAAGGUUUGGUGUCAUCUUACGCACUAUGGGAUGCGGCUUUGCUAUCAAUGUGGAGGAAUUUCGGAAGUAUGCGAUGGAUACGGCAAAUUUGUACGUAAAAUUAUAUUCAUGGUAUUACAUGCCGUCAAGUGUACACAAAAUAUUAAUUCACGGUGCGGAUAUUACUAAACACGCUGCACUUCCAAUUGGAAUGUUGUCAGAAGAAGCUUUAGAAUGUAGAAACAAAGACUUAAGAUAUAUACGAGAAGGUCACGCACGCAAAACGUCUCGUGAAAAUACCAUGUAUGACCUAUUUCACUAUCUCCUGCUUUCAUCGGAUCCGAUCAUUUCAUCAUCUUCGUCAAACCCUUCUCAUCGUUAUCGUAGUGCUGAGCCUUUAAGCAAAGAUGUGUUGUCACUGC